AUAUGGCUAUUUCUGAUGAGCUGCACUACUUGGAGGUCUACCUAACAGAUGAGUUUGCCAAAGGAAGAAAAGUGGCGGAUCUCUAUGAGCUUGUGCAAUAUGCUGGAAACAUCAUCCCAAGGCUAUUUUAAACACAGCACGAAAACAUUUUGGAGCUGGUGGAAAUCAACGGAUUCGCUUCACACUGCCGCCUUUGGUAUUUGCAGCUUAUCAGUUGGCUUUUCGGUACAAAGAGAAUUCUAAAGUGGAUGACAAAUGGGAAAAGAAAUGCCAGAAGAUUUUUUCAUUUGCUCACCAGACUAUCAGUGCUUUGAUCAAAGCAGAGCUGGCAGAAUUACCCCUAAGACUCUUUCUUCAAGGAGCACUAGCUGCUGGAGAAAUUGGUUUUGAAAAUCAUGAAACUGUUGCAUAUGAAUUUAUGUCCCAGGCAUUUUCUCUGUAUGAAGAUGAAAUCAGUGAUUCCAAAGCACAGCUAGCUGCCAUCACCUUGAUCAUUGGUACUUUUGAGAGGAUGAAGUGCUUCAGUGAAGAGAAUCAUGAACCCUUGAGGACUCAAUGUGCACUUGCUGCUUCCAAACUUCUGAAGAAACCAGAUCAGGGCCGAGCUGUGAGCACCUGUGCACAUCUCUUCUGGUCUGGCAGAAACACAGAUAAAAAUGGGGAAGAGCUUCAUGGAGGCAAGAGGGUAAUGGAGUGCCUAAAGAAAGCUCUAAAAAUAGCAAAUCAGUGCAUGGACCCCUCUCUACAAGUGCAGCUUUUUAUAGAAAUUCUGAACAGAUAUAUAUAUUUUUAUGAAAAGGAAAAUGAUGCGGUAACAAUUCAGGUUUUGAACCAGCUUAUCCAAAAGAUUCGAGAAGAUCUCCCAAAUCUUGAGUCCAGUGAAGAAACAGAGCAGAUUAACAAACAUUUUCAUAACACGCUGGAGCAUUUGCGCUUGAGGCGGGAAUCACCAGAGUCUGAGGGGCCAAUCUAUGAAGGUCUCAUCCUUUAAAAGAAGACAGCUCACUAUACUUUCCAUGUACAUCCAGUAAGGGUUUAUUAACUAGGUCUCCUUUCCGUAGAUUGUGCCUUUCAGAAAUGCUGAGGUAGGUUUCCUGUUUCUUACCUGUGAUGUGUUUUACCCAGCACCUCCGGACACUCACCUUCAGGACCUUAAUAAAGUUAUUUACUUUGUAAGAGUUCAAGUCUUGUCUGAUCUCCCCAAAUAGCAUGAUUGAUCUGCUAUUUAAAAUUCCUGUGAUCUGUAAAAAA